AUGGAAGCAAGGCACACACCAAUAAAAUGGGCUCAAAGAAAAGCACAAGUGUUCAUUACACUCGAAUUAAACAAUCUAAUAGAGAACUCGUGUACCAUUCAAACUACUCCUGAAGGUGGAAUUCACUUUAAAGGUACCAAUAAGGAUACAGGGAGCGAAGUCACAGUCGAUUUAGAACUUUUCGAAAAGAUCGUCCCAGCAGAAUGCAAGUGGAAAGUCACAGGAAGGAGCGUGCAGUUAAGUUUAGCUAAAGAAAACAAAGAAGUUGAAUAUUGGCCAAGACUUUUGAAGCAAACAGGGAAAUUACCUUGGAUUGCAAUUGAUUGGAGUAAGUGGGUUGAUGAAGAAGACGAAAACUCUAAUUCGGUUUCCUAAAUAUUUUUAAAUCCAGGGUGUUAGGGUGUUAAAAUUUUUUUAAAAAAUUUUUAUAUAUAAAAAUAGAGUAAGGCCAAACCUGAUUUUGAUUACGAUUACAAUAAUAUGCCUGAUUACGAUGAAGGUGAAGACUCAGAUGAAGAAUCAGAAGAGGAAGAAGCGCCUGCUGAUUUGGGUGACUUAGAUGGUGAAAAAGGAGAUAUCCCAACAGGAGCAAUGCCUGCUGAAGAGGCUGGAGAAGAAAAGAAAACAGAAUAA